CUGUCACAAAGCGAAUGGUUUCGCCCAUGGACUGGCUCCAGCACUCAUAGCACACAAGAGGUCUACAAGAUACAGAUUUUUUUUUAUUUUUUAUUGUUGUCUGUCAACCAACGUCAGUCUUAUUACACACCAUACACACUGUGAAAAUAACUAUCCGGACCGGACGGUUUCUCUCAACAGACCCAUGUGUCUCCCGUAGUAACAGGCGGCUGUGUCGUUCGGAGGAGACCAGCUAAAGAGCUGCACUGCCGGGAACAAACAAGGCAUUCCUAUCCACCCCUCUGUCCACCCCCCCUUCCCCUCCCUGUUUCCUCUUGGGGCUGUAAAUAAGCUGGGGCUGUGUAGACCCUUGAGAGGCCAUCCCCCUCCCGCUCUUCCCCACCACCGCUAUCCCCUUCUAACUCCUCAGCCUACUCAGACUCUGCUGCUGCUCUUUAUGCUGCUGAAAGGCGCCAGGGAGAUGCUCAGAUGAUCCAUUGGGCCAUCCUGAUCCACAUCGUCCAUACAGCCCAAGACAGGGAAGACUAACUAGUGCAAGUGUGAGAGAGCCCUUGGAGCGUGCUGUGAGAACCCUGCGAGGCCCACCCGCCCGCCAAGCCUGGCAGAAAGCUUGGCUUGCCCCUUCACUCCUCCAGCCCCUGAGAUGCCCUCCCCUCCCAAUGAAGGAGAGGAUCAAGGAGCGUCCCCCGUGAACGGGCCAUCUGUGGGAUCCUACCACAGCAGUGGGAAGAGGAAGGUGCGCACCAAAAAGAAGAAAGGCACUAUCAGCGCCAAUGUUGCUGGCACCAAAUAUGAGAUCGUUCGUAUAGUCAUCAACGAAAUGGACUUUAUCAAGUCCCGAGAUGACGACGAGACUGCCAACCUCAUCUGGAAUGACUCGGCCGUGCAGCACGAGAAAAUCGCUGAGCUCAGGAAUUAUCAGAGAAUUAACCAUUUCCCUGGUAUGGGCGAAAUCUGCCGGAAAGACUGCCUAGCAAGAAACAUGUCCAAAAUGAUCAAGUGCCAGCCUCAAGAGUACAGCUUCAUACCCAAAACCUGGAUCUUCCCCGCUGAGUACACUCAGUUCCAGAACUACGUUAAGGAGCUACGCAGGAAACGCAAGCAGAAGACCUUUAUUGUCAAACCCGCUAAUGGAGCCAUGGGUCACGGGAUCUCGCUUAUCCGUAACUGUGAGAAGCUGCCAGCCCAGGAGCACUUUAUCGUUCAGGAGUACCUGGACAAGCCCUUCCUUAUGGAGGGCUACAAGUUUGACCUACGCAUCUACAUCCUUGUCACUUCCUGCGACCCACUUCGAAUUUUUCUCUACAACGACGGCCUGGUUCGCAUGGGCACAGAGAAGUACCAUGCACCCAGUGAGGCCAACCUGAGCCAGCUCUACAUGCAUCUGACCAACUACUCAGUCAACAAACACAAUGAGAACUUUGAGCGAGACGAGACAGUGGACAAAGGCAGCAAGAGGUCCAUCAGUUGGUUCACUGAGUUCCUCCGCACCAAUGACUACGAUGUGUCCAAGUUCUGGGGAGACGUCUCUGAGCUGGUGGUGAAGACGUUAAUAGUGGCUGAGCCCCAUGUGCUGCAUGCCUAUCGCAUGUGUCGCCCCGGCCAGCCACCAGGGAGCGACAGCGUCUGCUUCGAGGUCCUGGGCUUUGACAUCAUCCUGGACCGCAAACUCAAACCCUGGCUACUGGAGAUCAAUCGAGCUCCAAGCUUUGGGACCGAUCAGAAGAUUGAUUACGACGUGAAGAAAGGGGUGCUGCUCAACGCUCUAAAACUCCUCAACAUUCGAGCCAGUGAUAAGAAACGCAACCUGGCCCAGCAGAAGGCAGAGGCUCAGAGGCGGCUCUAUGGACAUGGCUCCAUGAAGAAACUCUCUGCUGCUUCCUCGGACUGGGAGAAACAACGUCACACACUGGAGCGGAGGAGAGAAGAGCUGAAAGAACGACUGGCACAGGUCCGCAAGCAAAUCUCCAGGGAGGAGCAUGAAAAGCAACAUCUGGGUAACUACAGACGUAUUUACCCCCCAGACGACAAGCUGCUGCUGGAGAAGUAUGAAAGCCUGCUCUCGGCCGCCUUUCAGACCUUCCUUGCCGGGCGAGCUGCCUCACUUCAAAAGGAAAUGAAUAAUCCUCUGAAACGAAUGAAGGAGGAAGACAUCUUGGAUCUGCUGGAGCAAUGUGAACUGGACGAUGAGAAGCUUAUGGGCAAAUCCUCCAGGCAACGAGGCCCUAAGCCCUUGACCGCCAUGCCAGAAUGCAGUCAGACACCAAGACGUCAACGACCUGACUACCUGGCUGACUUCACCAGUGGCAGCAGCGCCGAUAACUCCUGCUCUUCCUCAGAUGAAGAAGAGGAGGAGAGGAGGAAGUCAGGAGGUGGAGGAGGAAGAGGCGGAGAGAAGAGGGAGAAGAAAGUUUCCUACGACCUUGGGGAUAGCAAGGAGAAGAACUUGGCCGAGCGCUCAGGUCGCAUGCACUGGAAACCUCCAAUCAAGUCGCUCAAAACCAGCCCCGCCCCCUCUGCUUCCCCGACACUUUCUGGUCCAAUCAGGCGCUCCAUCUCCUGCCCUCGUUCAAUUGCCUCCCUCUCAUCACCCAGUGAGGUGCGGGCAUUGUCUGCCAGGCCUUCUUCUACAGUCCCUGUGGCCACUCCCCUCAUCAGGCCGAGCUCUGCCACGCUGCGCUCUCACUCACUGAGUCGCAGUGGCUCCGCCCACCGCGUUCCUCACAGCAACAGCCUGGGGACCAUCCACUCCCACAUAGGUGAUCCGCUGAUAAACCUAAGGAGUAAAGAGCAAGAGGCUGAGCUGGUGCGUCAAACUCUGGCCGCGCUCACCGCCAUGAGGAUCAGGUUUCCGGGCAAAACCGAGGAAGAGGCCGAGGCUGUGCUGGAUGAGAUCCUCGACAACUGGAAAUACCAUAAAUCAAAGGUGGCAUCCUAUUGGCUAGUGAAGCUGGACUCUACCAAACAACGGAAGGUGUUGGAUAUUGUACGAACCAAUGUACGCUCAGCUCUGCAGCGGAUCUGGAGGGAGCCGGACGUAGAUAGUCUCCACCUCUACCGGCUUUUUAACCGCAUCUUCAACCGGCUACUCUGGAGUCACGGCCAGGGGCUGUGGAACUGCUUCUCGAACACUGGUUCAUCGUGGGAGACCAUCUUCAGUAAGAGCAGCGAGGUGGUGUCACCCCAGGAGCUGCAGUGCUGCCGCCGGCUGGUCCAGCUGUGCCGAGAUUGCCUGUUGGUCGUCUACAAGUUUGUCUCAGAGUCCCGCGGCUCUUUGACCGGGCUCAGCCCCGAAUGGGACGACACCAGCUUACCAUUUGCCGCUGGACCAGCCUCUACCCAUGGCUCCACCCCUGCUGCUGUCGCUGCCGCUUCUUCUUCCUCCUCUUCCUCCGUCUCUUCGCCCCUCGACGCAGGUACUGGAACGCUGUUAGCAGGAGCUGCCUCACUGCUCUGUCUCGGUGGAAGGUGUCAUAGAAAAGUCUUAGAAAGGUAUCUGCUGCCAGUGACCUCCCAGUUCAUCAUGAAGUGGCCUUCGUCCAGCUUUGGCCGCAUCUCCUCGGCCAUGCCACGCUCACGCAGCCUUUUCGCCGCCAGAAUGGGCCACUUCUGAGGUCACCGUGGCAACCCUGGCUUCUGACACCUCGCCUUUUGACCUCAACACCUCCCCUCCCCUGACUCUAUCCCAGCCAAACUCCGAUCUCAGCAAGUCCAGUAUGGAUCUUAAUUUGGAGCAGCUCUGGACACCGUAUGGAGCCUCAUCCUUGGCCAAACCCCCCCCUGUGGAAGACCAACAAAGAAAGGCCAGGUGAUUUGGGACUGCUAAAGGGCCUUGUUCAGUUUAGACUAGUUUGGACCUGCCUAGACCAGCAGACCACCUGUACCCUCGACCCUCAUCUUUAGCCCCAGUAACACCAGACAAUGGGUUCACCCCUCUUUUCUCAUUGUAAUUGCUGUAUUAUACCUACUCACUGUACAGUUACAAGUCAUGGUACUGUAAAAAGAAAGAUUAACACACACUAAACAAUGCAAGGAUUAUUUAUUUAUGUACUUACUUAUUUUGUAUGGUAUUCCAUGAUGAAUGCAGUGAAUGCUGAUGCAGAAUGCAGAUAUGGAAUGAUAUUAACAAAGCUAUCCCUUGUUUGAGAAAGUGGAUGUAAAAAACAACAACAACAAAAAGCUUAUUUUUGCUGGCUGUAAUCAGUUAUUUUAUUUCUGAAUUUAAAUUAUUUCAUAACUUAUAUCAGAGGCUUUAUGUUUAUAAAUGUUUUAACAGUCACUUUAUGUUCUAGUUUUUACUGAAGAGAGGGUGCCCAGAAAACUCAAAAUGUUUAACUUUUGAAUGCUAAUGCUUCAUGUUUUACCUGUGUGAUAUUAAGUGCAGCACUAUUAAGCAACACAAUGUUUAGAAUGUCAGUGUAGUAAAGCCAAGCCUCUUUGCCUUGUAGAGAACGAGCUGACUUUGAAGCCACAGCGCAAAAGAGCCAAACUUCAGUCUCAGAGAGCACCCAGCUCCUAAUAUGCACUUGGCAGUUUGUCACAGAAAGAGAAAGUGGGUGCACAUUAAAAGUAGUGUUUGCAUGCUUAGAUUUUAGUCCCUCACCCAGAUGUAGUGGUUAGGACAGAGGAGCUGCGUUUGGAACAUACUUGAAGUUUUGUGUUGUCAUUAAUUAUUAUGUCUUUGUAUCGGCUGCACUCCGGAGGAGACACUUGUAGAUUUGUCGUCUUAAGUAUGGAUGAGUUCAGGAGAAUUACGCAAGUGUUGCAUCCAAGGACGUGCACAAGGUCGGGCUGAAGUUGCCCGAGAAACGGCUUAUUUGCUCCGUUUGCCUGAGCUGCCCCUUUGGAGAGGGAAACAAUAAGAAUAAUAAUGUAAUUGUUAAAGUUAGACCUAAUGAAAUCACCAGAUCAUCUAAACUUUUAUUACUUUUUGAUGCAUGUCUCAGCAGGACACAGAGAUGUGGUGGCUGUCCGUCAUGUGACACUGUAGUAUCAAAUUUGGUAUUGUUGUCCUUUGUGCGAGGGCUGAGGUUGUGGAAAUGAUUACCGAUGAAUAGUAUAACCAAUGGAAUGGCCUAUAAACUAAAAGAUCCAUAUAUUCUUCCAGACAAUGUGCACCUCGCCACGUUUGCAUCAUGUCACGCAACAUUGCCUUAUAUAAUGUCCUCACAUAAACCAAUCUUAGCUAGCUAACAUAUAGGGAGGUUUUUUUUUUUUUUUUUCGGGUUAGAGCAACAGCCCCUCCAAAUGUCCGUGCACGUCUCUGGUUGCAUCGCUUAGAGAGUUUGCAGCACAUUGAGUGACUCGGCUCAAAUGUACUGCAACAGUGGAGGUUUGCCUGGGACGAGCAGCUGCUGCCUUUUUCCCCACCGCACUGUACGUACAAGUGCCAGGGAUAUCAUGGAUGUGCCAAUAAUAAGCACAUCUACUUCAUGUGUUCAGUUGGGUUUUUAUUUAAGGUUAAUAUGCCAUGAAACUACUGUAGGACCUCAGUUAAAUAUAGUAUUAAAUGUUGAUAGGGAGAAAUGCAGUGUUAUAUGUUUAGUAGUUUCCUUGGCUCUGUGUGCUACCCCAUGAGAUGAUACAGUGACUAGACUCUUAAAGAUGGUAGUCUGUGAGCAGCCUGUGCAGUACAGUACAGUGUGCAUUUUAUAACAUUAAUUCUGACUGUGCUAAAUCUGCUCAAAUUGAACUCUCCCCAUACACUGAACAUCAAUUCACAAUGCCAAAUAUGUUUGUUUUGCCUGAUUUUAUUUGUGUUAUUUAAGAGUAGUACUUUUUCAUCAGAGGUAUGAGAUUUUUAAUUUUACAUAGCAAUAAAAUGUUUAAACAAA